AUAGCCGACGAGUACGCCCCUUCGGAGCCCAGGUUUGUCCCCACUCUCGAAGCGUUUCUCACACUGCGGUGGAAGGAAAAAGUUGUCGCUGCUUCUCGACUGUAUGGUCAAGUCAGUCCACUCGGAGAGCUCGCCUGGCAAGCAUAAUCGACAAGCGUUGAAAAUUUUCUCGUUCCACGAUCCAUGCGCCUUUCAAUCUCAAUCCGCAAAUUAUUCUUGUUUCGAAAGCGAAAAAACAAAAAGAGAGCAAAUUUAUUGAAUCGUUAUCGGGUCGAAGAAACGCGUGGGUGGAAUAAACUUUCGAGCGGAUGUCAUCGGCGUGUAUUUUGAAUUGACCGCAUGUGCGUUGUUCAACGAUUGGCUCGAUCGGUCCAAACGAUUUUUGACUAUCUAUAUAUAUUCGGUUUAUUGAAGUGUUGUGUCAUCAUCAGUGAAGCAUCAAUAACGAUGUCAGAGGCAACACAGACAUCGAGGAAGUAGAAUAGUCAGCAGGUGCGAGCGAAGAGUUGCUCUUUAUAAAGUAGUUUGACGAAUGUGUAGAUCGGCUGUGAUAUUGUGUCGAGAAAAACAAAGGAUUCCGAUAAACAAAGAUAAUUUCCAUUGAAAGCUGUUUAAUUUAGGUUGGCCAGAGAGAAAAAACAUUCUUCGAUCGUGCGAUAAUGACAGUGCUAAGAAUGACAUCCCCGGUUACGCCACCGUCGACGAGUCCAGGUUCGCCGGAGCAGGCUCAGCCGCCUCAGCCAUCAACGCGACCGCCGACACAGCACAGGUUGAGUUUUUCUGUCGCUGCGUUGCUCGCCGACACGAAGAAAAGUCCGGAAACGCCUUCGAGGCAGACCUCCGUGUCACCGAGUUCCUCACCUUACCCAACGGUUCACCACAACAACAACAACAACAACAACAACAACAACAACAACUACUCGACAGCCUCACCGCCGCCAUUAAAUCUGCCAAAGUUCAAUGCCGAAGCGCUCUCGUCUCGUUACACGUCGCUGUUGGCAGGUGUCGCGAGUGAAUCCCUCAAAGAUCGCGUUAUCGAUCAACGCGUGCCUCUUCACUAUUCGACGACAGUCAGUCCGUCCUCUCGAUCGAUAGGCGACCCUUCGGCGACCUCGAAAUAUCCAGAUUCCGUCGAUUCGACGACGAGAGCAUCGCCUACCAGUCACAGCGUUUCGAGCAUGUUGGAUUACCGGAUUUCGGGCGCGCCCUCCCUCAAUUCCAGUGGCACCAAAAGCCCCGUAAUCGUUUCCUCUCUCUCGCCAAAACUCUCCUCCACGAGUCACGGCUUCAUCCAAGAUUUUGCGGCACACUCCCCGAGAAGCUCACACGAAGAAGGCCGCUCCCGCUGCUCUGAAAUCGACGACAUGGAAGACGAGGACGAAGACAGCCUCGUUGACGUUGAAGACCUUCAACAAAACAGUGGCAGCCCUGCACCUCUCAGACCUACGCCGGCUUACAUCGGUGGCUUCUCCACUCUUGGCACCAUCUCAGGCCUAUCAGCCAGUUUGCAUCCUGCCGUUUGGGGAGCAGCGGGACAUCCCAACCCAGCAGCAGCCGCAGCUGCCGUUGCCGCCGGAUACUUUCCUGCACACUUCUCUCAUCAUGCGCCUCUCAAUGAAAAUGGCGAACCGGCCAAGAUCAAGUGCAAUCUGAGGAAACACAAACCAAAUCGCAAGCCAAGAACACCGUUUACGACUCAGCAGCUUCUCGCGCUGGAGAAAAAGUUUCGGGAGCGGCAAUAUCUCAGCGUUGCCGAGAGAGCCGAGUUUUCCUCGUCCCUGCAUCUCACCGAGACUCAGGUCAAAAUUUGGUUCCAAAAUCGACGCGCCAAAGCGAAGCGGCUCCACGAAGCUGAAAUAGAGAAACUGAGAAUGUCGGCCGUCAGACAACAUCACAACAAUUUGUACGGCUCUCAUCACUCCCUUUUGGGUCCUGCUGGUCUGUAUUCUGUCGGUAUGCUUUCGCACCCGGGACUGAGCGCUCAUCACGCGAUUAGUCAACAUCAAUCCAGGGAAUAAAUUUCUCCGGGUCAACUUUUUCCUCGUUUUUCAAUGCAGCUUCCGAACGGGAGUACCGCGGGAGUGUUGCUCCCGUAAUUCGACUUGAAAUGAAGCAAACUCGAAUGGAUACACUCGAGCGGUGAGAUUUUUUCACGGGAAUCAACGCAUCGGUGAGGAGCACUGCUCAUUUCCGGUCAAACUGUAAAUAAUUUCGAACGAAAUGUACAUAAAUAAGGUCGCUUGUUAGUGAUAAAGGGUCUCGCCUCGUCAGGAAUCCUGUAAAUAUUGCAUAUAAUUGUUCACAGUGAGAUUACGAGCGUUCAACAUCAUUUAUUCGUUUUUGUAUAAAUGUAAAAGAGUCGUUAGUGCUAGAAUAUGUACAUAAACACACCGAAAAGAAGAGAAAUAUUUAAUAAAACGUACCGUGAGAUAAUGAAAA